CUUGUAAAUCGAUGAGAUAUAUCUUUGUUUAAUAUUCAUAACAUCGCAUAUACAUUUAAGAUUGUAACAAAGUAAAAACUUACUAGGUUAGCUCUAAGUACAUUACGAUCAUAUACCAAGCACUCGAAACAAACCCCAAAAUGGCAACCCCAAUCCCCGAAGCGCUCCGAAACAUCAAAGCCCUUACCUUCGAUGUCUUCGGCACAGUGGUAGACUACCGCACCUCGGUUCCGGAAGAACUCAUAAGGCGAGCGCAAGAGAAGAUAGCUUCACCCGAAUUCCCCUCAUUACCCGAAGGACCGCGAACCCGUUUUGCGGCAAUGACGGAGGAGGACUGGGCCAAGCUGACUGAAGAAUGGAGGAUCAGCUACUGGCACUUCACGCGGGCUUUCGUGCCGGGCGAGUCGGAGUGGAAGGACAUCGAUGCGCACCACUACUCGGCGCUGCACUCGCUUCUCCACAAGUGGGAGAUCGCGUCCAUCUACACAGACGACGAAGUGCGGUCCAUAAGCCUAGUCUGGCAUGCGCUGAAGCCAUGGGAUGACUCCGCGGCGGGCAUCCGGCGGCUCGGGACUCGGUACGUGACAUCGACGCUGUCAAACGGCAACCAGUCGCUGCUGCGGGACCUAGACGCGUAUGGCGGUCUAGGGUUUCGGAAGAUCCAGUCCGCGGCCGAUUUUGGGGCGUAUAAGCCGCAUCCGACGGUAUAUCUGGGGGCGGCAGCGGCACUGGAGGUUCGGCCCGACGAGGUCGCCAUGGUUGCCGCACACCUGGGGGACCUGGCGGGUGCGCGCGCGACUGGGCUUCGAACGAUCUAUGUGGAGCGCCCCCGCGAGGAAUCGUGGGGGCCCGGGGAGCAGCGGUAUAAGGAGGCUCGCGAGUGGGUUGAUUUAUGGGUUAGUGAAGGUGAGGGCGGGUUUGUCGAAGUAGCGAGGCGGCUCGGGGUACCCGAGUGAAGCGCGCAUAAAACCAACGACGGGGGUUUCUUACCUAGCUCUAUUCGAGAUUGGGGGUUCAUGAUCCUGAUUAAGAGAUUUUUUUUCUUUUUCCGCGAUAACUAACGAGGAGUAGCUCGGGUGAUAUGUGAUAUCUCGUAGCGGGAUGCGAAGAGGAUUGACAACCCGAUUCGACAAACUGCUUAGUUUUGAGUCCAAGUGCCCGGAUACUCCACCAGAACCUAGUCUAUAUUCAAUGCCAUAAGUUCCUGCGGAAAAUCUGAAAUAGCGGUGAUGUUAUACACCUCAGACGCUUUACCUAUUCACGAUCCCAAGAGAGUGGAAGAUGCGGCAAGUCCCGAUGGCCGCGGCUCCCACGUGCGUUUAUCGCGUCUUUCGGGUGGAAUGCAAGUUGAGACCUUACACGAUGCGCUUUGCCUACCUGUGUAUGAACACCGAGGUCUAUAUUGGCACUAGUCGCUGCGGAAUUCGGAUGCCCAAUUAGGUAUGAUCGACUGUCUUCGACAUGCUCUAGAUUCUCUGAGUAAUCAAGCGUCCCGGUCUGCGCUGAGUUGGAAGCAUAGUGAAAGUGAUAAGUGAUAGUUGAAAAGCGCGAUGAUGUAUCUGUGAUAUAGCGACCACGAUUUUUGCUUCUUUGAAAAUCCAAGCCCCUUUCACCCGGACAUGACUACCGCACCCGAAUCAUG